AUGCCAACCUUGGCUCUCAAUAAUGACAAAACUGUCGACGUUGCUGCUACUGCAUCUGCUGACAACGAUCAUGGUGGUGGCGAUAAUGAUAUCAGUAGAGAGCGAACUGUGAGCUUCGAAGUUGGUGAUGACAGAACAUUUGAGCCAAAAGAGGCGCCUGCCGAAAAUGACGUGGAAGGGUUAUCGACAACCACGACAGCAGUGAGAUCAGCGGCUUCAACGCCUGCUGCUUUUCUCUCAAUGCCAUGUCGCACUCUUGCGCAGGAUGGUUUUCUUGAGCGACUUUCCUUGUCCGACUUUCACAGUGUAAUGCAUGUGGUCGGCGAAUUCAUCAUAAGAUGUCGCAUGUUGAUUGGAACGAAUGAAAAAUUCUCCGUGCCAUUACAACGUUGUAUUGUUCAGCAGAGCACCUUAUUUGUUAAAAGGUUUCACGACGAUAGGAAAACAAAACUCAGGUUUCUGCAAAGCUUUAUUCUCGAAGUCAAAAUAUGUGCAUAG